CAAAAACCUUUGCAUAUAUAAAAAAAUAUCACAAGAAAGAGGGCCCUGGUUCAAUUACAGGCACCCAUCUCCUCUGUUUAUUUUCCGCCACCACUUCCUUUCUUCAUUAUCUCCAUAAAAAAACACAGAAAGAAGAAAUAGAUUCCUCAUGGGUAGAUCUCCUUGUUGUGAGAAAGAGCAUACCAACAAAGGUGCAUGGACAAGGGAAGAAGAUGAGCGUCUCAUUAACUACAUCAAACUUCAUGGCGAAGGCUGUUGGAGAUCUCUCCCCAAAUAUGCCGGUUUGCUUCGAUGUGGGAAGAGUUGUAGGCUUAGAUGGAUAAACUACUUGAGGCCUGAUCUCAAGAGAGGAAACUUCACUGAAGAAGAAGAUAAGCUCAUCAUUAAUCUUCACAGCUUACUUGGUAACAAAUGGUCCUUGAUUGCUGCAAGAUUGCCGGGGAGAACGGAUAACGAGAUCAAGAACUACUGGAACACUCAUAUCAAAAGAAAGUUGUAUAGCAGAGGGAUCGAUGCUCAAACGCACCGUCCACUCGGUUCGGUUUCCACCACGAACAACAGCAGCAAUUGCAGUAACAAGAAUAAGAUGAACUUUAAUAGAUUCAGAUUAGAAAUGAAAGAGACCGUGGUGCCACCGAUGCAAGUGCCUGCCAACAUAGACAAUAGAGCAGACUCGUCCGAAGAUUCAAACGGCAGCAGUGGAUUAAGUAGUGAAGAAGUUUUCCCACACAUCAAUCUUGAACUCUCUAUUGGGCUUCCGUUUUCAUAUGUCGACUUAAACCAAUCGCAGCAGCAACGAGUCGCCUACCAGUUGUUCCUGUAGAUAAUUUGUCCGGAGUCUUUAAGUCUCAUUUAUGUAUAUCUUAUUAGUUAGUUUAAAUAUAAGGAUUUUAUUAGGUUAAUCAUUUAAUUACAUUAUGUU